UCCCGCGCUGCGGAGAGAGGGAGAGCGGAUGCUCGGGCACCUGCAGCCCCGGAGCGGCGGCGGUAGCUUGAGUCUGGGCGCGGGGCGGCCCGGCUCUCCGCCCUAGCCAUGGAGGACGGCGGUGCGCGCAUCCGCCGGCGCGUGUCUGUCCGCAAGAGGAACCGCGGCAGCCUGGAGAACCUUUGUGCGAGCCCCUGCCCGGCCGAACUCCAGCCCGCCGAGGACCUGGAGGACGAAGCGGCUGCCGGGAGCCGCCGCCGGAAAAUCGGGAGCCCGGAGCCCGCCCAGGAAAAUGACAGUGAAGAGGACAUGUUUGGUGGCUAUGAUAGCUUUACAGAAAAUUCCUUUUUAGCUCAAGUUGACGACCUGGAACAGAAAUAUAUGCAAUCACCUGAACUUGUUACAGACUCUGCCACCAAAGGUCUUUCUUCAGAAGGCAUCAAAAACAAACUCAGUGUCGCCACCAUGAGCUGCUUUACUGACUCUGAAACUACCGUGAAGAGCCAGAGUGGUCUAGAUGUCCCUGCUGGACCCGAAUCUGAAAAUGACCUUUUAUUUGAUGUGCCUUCUUCUCAAAUUUUAUACUUUGAAAGUAUGCAGAACUCAUCAGGCAAUUUGGGUGAAAGAGGUGGGAACUCACUUCAGUCACCAAAUGAAGAACCGGCCUGCAGCCGUAAAGAGCGACCACAGCAGAGUGAUGACCUUUCCAAAGUCACAGCUUCUCCAGAGCCCAACAGGAGGAAGAGUGUUACAGACCGUCUAAAGAGUGCCAUGACUGGGAACGCCACGGCCCAAACACCAGUGUUUUCUCGGAGUAAACAACUCAAAGAGACUGUCCUAUCUGAGGAAAUCAGUGUCGCUAAGAAAGCAAUUGAGUCACCGUCGGAUGAUCUUGGUCCUUUUUAUUCUCUACCCAGCAGAGUGAGAGACCUUUAUGUUCAGUUGAAAGGAAUCAAAAAACUCUAUGACUGGCAGCAUACUUGUCUAACAUUAAGUUCUGUGCAAAAAAGGAAUAAUUUAAUAUACUCCUUGCCAACAAGUGGCGGGAAAACCCUCGUGGCUGAGAUUCUAAUGCUACAAGAACUACUCUGCCGACAAAAAGAUGUUUUAAUGAUUCUUCCCUAUGUGGCGAUCGUCCAGGAAAAGAUUUCCAGUUUAUCAAGUUUUGGUAUAGAACUUGGUUUCUUUGUUGAAGAAUAUGCUGGAAGCAAAGGAAGGUUUCCUCCCACUAAAAGGAGGGAAAAGAAGUCAUUGUAUAUCGCCACUAUAGAGAAAGGGCACAACCUGGUGAAUGCCUUGAUUGAAACAGGAAGGAUCAGCGCUCUGGGUCUGGUUGUCGUCGAUGAGUUGCAUAUGAUUGGUGAAGGGAACCGUGGUGCCGUCCUGGAGAUGACCCUAGCAAAAGUCCUCUACACUAGCAAAACAACUCAGAUUAUCGGCAUGAGUGCAACGUUAAACAACGUCGAAGACCUACAGGAGUUCCUUAAAGCCGAAUAUUACACCAGUCAGUUCAGACCAGUUGAACUAAAAGAGUACCUGAAAGUAAAUGACACAAUAUACCAGGUAGACAGCAGAGCAGAGAAUGGCAUGACCUUCUCAAGGCUCCUCAACUAUAAGUAUUCUGAUGCCCUGAGAAAGAUGGAUCCUGAUCACUUGGUAGCAUUGGUGACAGAAGUUAUCCCCAACUACUCCUGCCUAGUUUUUUGUCCCAGUAAGAAGAACUGUGAAAAUGUAGCAGAAAUGUUAUGCAAAUUUUUAAGCAAGGACUAUCUAAACCACAGAGAUGAAGAAAAAUCCCAAGUGAUUAAAACCUUGAGGGAUGUAGGCAAUGGUAAAGUGUGCCCUGUCUUGAAGCACACCAUCCCUUUUGGAGUUGCCUAUCACCACAGUGGUCUAACUAGUGAUGAACGGAAGCUUCUGGAAGAAGCCUACUGCACAGGCGUGCUCUGCCUUCUCACCUGCACAUCCACCCUGGCGGCAGGGGUCAAUCUACCAGCUCGCAGAGUCAUCCUAAGGGCCCCCUAUGUGGCUAGAGAGUUCUUACGGAGGAAUCAGUAUCAGCAGAUGAUUGGCAGGGCGGGCCGUGCUGGCAUCGACACUGUUGGUGAGAGCAUUCUCAUAGUGCAAGAAAGGGACAAGAAACAGGUCCUGGAACUGAUAAACGGACCCCUGGAAAAUUGCUACAGCCAUCUUAUUGAGGGAUUCAGCAAGGGAAUCCAGAGUUUGUUUCUGUCUUUAAUUGGUUUGAAGAUUGCAACAAGUCUUGAUGGCAUAUAUCAGUUUAUGAGUGGUACAUUUUUCGGUGUUCAGCAAAAGGUCUUAUUGAAAGAAAAGAGUCUGUGGGAAAUAACUGUUGACUCACUGAGCUACCUGACAGACAAAGGACUUCUUCAGAAAGAGAGCUGCGGUGACACGGAGCAUUGCUUCCGUGUCACAAAACUGGGCCAAGCGUCUUUUAAGGGAGCAAUUGACUUGGCCUAUUGUGACACUCUGUACAGAGACUUGAAGAAGGGUCUUGAAGGACUUGUCCUGGAAAGCCUUCUCCAUCUGGUCUACCUGACAACCCCCUAUGACCUUGUUGCUCAGACUGAACCUGACUGGAUGGUGUACUUCAGGCAGUUUAGCCAACUCAGUCCAGCAGAGCAAAAUGUGGCUGCUCUUCUUGGAGUCUCCGAAAGCUUCAUUGGGAAGAAGGCAUCAGGGCAAGCCAUCAGAAAGAAGGUGGACAAGAACAUUGUCAACAGGCUCUAUCUGUCCUUUGUCCUGUAUUCCUUGCUGAAAGAAACCAACGUUUGGAGUGUGUCUGAGAAGUUUAAUAUGCCCCGGGGACACAUACAAAACCUGCUCACUGGGGCUGCCUCCUUCUCAUCCUGUGUGUUACAUUUCUGUGAGGAGCUGGAGGAGUUUUGGGUUUACAAAGCCCUGUUGGUAGAACUUACCAAGAAACUGACGUACUGCGUGAAGGCGGAGCUAAUCCCGCUCAUGGAAGUGACCGGUGUCCUAGAGGGUCGAGCAAAGCAGUUAUACAGCGCAGGUUACAAAAGUGUAAUGCACUUGGCCAAUGCCAACCCAGAAGUGCUUGUGCGGACAAUUGGCCAUCUGUCCAGGCGCCAGGCCAAGCAGAUUGUGUCCUCAGCUAAGAUGCUGUUGCAUGAAAAGGCAGAGGCUUUGCAAGGAGAAGUUGAAGAAUUACUGAGGUUGCCUCCAGACCUCCCUGGACUGGGGGUUCCUAACACUGAAGAGACGUGAAACCGUGCUGGGAACACAGCUGUUUGAUAGGGCAUUGCCUGAGGCCCUGGGUGAAACCCUCAGUACCUCCAAGAAAGAAGAAGCUAAAGAGGUUAUAGUCGGCUUGGUGGUGAACAUUUGUUAACUCCAGCACUUGGGAGGUAGAAGCAGGAGAUUGAAUAUUAAAAGUCAUCUUCAACUACAUCUAGAGCUGGAGGCCAGCCUGAGCUAGGAGUCCCUCUCAAAAAACAGAAAACCCACAAAGCUAUCUUCAAAUUUGACUUAUUUAUUAUACAUAU